AUGGACGAACUGGGGCAUGCGAUCACCCUCACAUUCACUGGUGGAUCUCACGACCUUAAGAUAGAGCUGUUCGAUCAGCGACGGGAUUCCACGUGUUCGGUUGGAUCUGCGGCGUAUGCUUCGAGCCUAGAAACUCAUGAUGAGGAGGAUGAAGAUGUAGCGGGAUCUUUGGGAUCUGAUAGCGACUCGAUAAGUACCAUGAGUACCUUAUCUGAUGGCAUCCCAAGGCGCAGUGUCUCUUUCAAAUCAUGUCGGUCGUACAUAUUGGAGCCAGAGACCCGAACCGAAUCACAGGAAACGAGCGAUAUGUCAUCUAGGCCAACCAAAAGUCGUCAGCAAAACAGCAGACUAGCCCCCGUGUCGGCGCUGCCAGAGAGGACGCCGAACAUUGUAUCCGCCCCUGGAAAGAGAGAAAAGAAAGAGUGCGAGCGAUCAGUGACAAACAACAGUCACUCAUCCAUUGUGAGGCACCCGCUCGAGACAUCUCGAAGUCAAGAAGUACUCAGGGAGCCAGCACUUACUGUACCAAAGAUUGUGGUUGGGCCGCUACACCUAGAGCCAACCCGCUUGGAAGCUAUUACGGAAGUCGACAGCGAUUCCGCAACAUCUACAGAUCCGAGCCCAACCAUGCCAAUCCAAAAUUCUCCCCCGCUUUUUGUAAAGCGCCAGACCUGGCUUCUGGAUCGAUUUGGCAGGGCAGUCUGGCUCCAUUACAACUCGGGCGAGGGGAUUGAAGAAGUUCGCGUCGAUGAAGAUGGGAACUAUUAUGUUUUUGGACCCAGCGGGCUGCGAGUCAAGCUCGGAUCAGGCCAAAUCCGCGGCGACGACACUUCACAACCAUACUGCAUCUGCAAAGGUGAAAAGGUCAAUAUCAGAGUGGUUCCCGACCGGAUCCGAGUGAACAAAUUGAAGAAUCCCAGGACGUCGACCGAAGCCACUGUUACCGUACCCCAGACGCAGGUCAUCACCACCCACCGAGUCCCCGUCGACAAAUCGCAGCCUCUGUCGGCUCAGGUGAGGGACUUCUCGGCGCUAGGCGGGCAGUUCAAAGCAGCCUCGUCCUCUUCUCGCGGCCACGGGGCCUUCGCCUCGACGAAGUCCGGAGCGGCGAUUCUAAAAGCCGUGUCCGAUAAAUCGCAGCUCGCGAAAGCCUAUUUGACGAUGAGCGGUGGCUCGACGACCUCCACUACCGCCUCGAUGCUGAUGGAGAGGGAGAAGCGGGUGCGGAGGGCUAAGAGGAAGGAGGCGCUGGCGACGGCCCCGGGGAGGUUUCUGCGGCUGAUUACUCGGAGGGGAGGCUAG